ACGCUCUGCAAAGAAAGAAGAAACGUGUCUCAAAUGUUUCUCUCUGAAUAUUUUUAUUUUCUCGGACAAGAAAGUUCCGGGGCAAGCCUCGAUGGGAAUUUACCCGUCGAAAAUCAUUUAUUCGAAAGGGAAAUCUUUGCGAAAAGAAGGCUGCUCUCGGAUGUUAUUGCCGGUUCGAGCUAAGAAAGAGACACGAGAACGGAAGACAGGGAGAAGCUUAAUUUCCGAAAAAUUUAAAAUAUUCUUUAUCCGCUGUUCCAAGGAAAUUGCUUCGCGGCCUCGAAUGUUGGUCACGUCACGUUGGCCAUUUUUAACGUCAGGAUCGCAUGACCGGAAUGUUGUUUUAAAUAUCAAGCUGCCCGCCACGUCGCGAGUAUUUGCAUAGGUUCUAUUGCAACGUAACCGUGACAUGCGACCGCUGCGCGAACGGAGGAAUUUCAUUCUCGAAAAAAUAACGUUCCAAGGGAUUGCCCUGCCGCCAUCGUCCAUCCCUCCCUCCCCCGUCGAUGAUGCACCGGCGACGAACGAACGGCCGAAAUUUCACGCGAAAGGAAUCGAUCGAAGUUCGUUUCGCGAGGCUCGGCCGACGAUGCACGUGGUAACAAGUUGACGGUUGUUUGAACAUGCGAUAACAUCUAACAGAGAGCAUCGAGAACGCCGAUUAUCUGGCUCGUUCCACUUCCAGCCGGUGGAUCGCCUCGCAAAGAGCAGCAGUCGCGUCUUUGUCCUUCGUAGGAAUGUCGCUCUUUCGACUCUACCCUCUUCUCUUCGCUUCUUUGUGCUGCUCCGCGUGGGCUGUCGUCGUAUCGUUGGACCACAACGAACACGGAAAGGGGAGCAAAUCCGAUCGAGGAUUCAUCGUUGAAGGCGUGACGAGCGCGGAGAAGGAGCGAGAAGAAUUUUCGAGCUCCAUACCUUGCAUCGCGAGCUUUCUGGAUCGGGCGACCGAUCCUGCGCGGACUUCGUUGAUGAUAUCGGCCGACAUCGACCACGCGGCCUUCUCGCUCGCGACCGUUCUUCAAAAGCGCCGUUUCGCCUUCUUGAGAUAUUCGGGCGACAUGGAGUUCGAUACGAGGGAACUCGCGUCGAACGCCAUCGUUCUCGUGGCGAACGCCACCAGUUUAUGGGACGACCUGUACGUGAUCGAUCCUUGCACUCGCGACUGCCCCUUCUUCGUCGUACUGACGCACGCGUUUCGACACGAGCAAGAUUUCCUCGCGGAAACGGACGCUUUGACCCGCUCCAUGUGGGCCCGAAGGAUCUUCACCGUCGUCGUUUUGGCCAGAGUCGGCGAAUCCGUGCUCGCCGCCGGCGCCACCUCCUUUCUGCCCGACCAACCCUGCGCCCCGUCCUUCCCGAUCGUUCUCGACAAAUGCGGAACCAGAUCUUGGGACACGAGGAAGGUGAACCCGCCCGAAUGGAACAAGUGCGUCCUGAAAGUAGCCUACUUCGUCGAGCCUCCGUACGUAACGAGGAGGAACGAGACGACGGAGGGUUUGCGGGGUUUCGAGGGUAUGUUGACGGAGGAGAUAUUGAAGGACGAGAACGUGGAGCGGGAGGAAGUGGCGUGGACCGAGAACGCGACCUACGUGGACCAGGUAAGAACGAUCUUGUACCAAGCGGAUGCCGACCUGGUCGUGGGCCGUGUCCUCCUUCAACUUCAGGAAGACAUAGAUUACUCGAGCUCGUACGACAUGUUGAAGGUGGUCUGGUUGAUCCCCAAGGUGGCCAACGUGUCCCUGAAAGGACUGAUUCAACCGUUUCACCCGUACGUGUGGGCUACCUUGGGGUGUGCCCUGAUAUUGGCCGUGCUCGUGAAAAUCUUCCUUAUCCCCGACCUCGGCUAUCUCGACAUAUUUGCUCUGAUAAUCGGAGUCUCGAUCGCCAACCGGCCCACCAAACUCUCCACAAAAAUCCAAUACAUCUCGUGGAGCGUAUUCGGCCUGUUUCUCAUGGAGGUGUACGUGGACGCUUUGGCCGAUCAAUUGAUCAACACGUCCGACACGAAGAUCACGACCACGGAGGAGCUCGUUUCCUCGUCGUUCCGGAUCGGUGGGACGAAUGCGUUCAAGAGUUUGUUCGAGGACGACGCGUUGGACGAGACGAGCGGCAUCGUCUCGAGGAUACGCGAAAAAUUCGUCACGUUCAAUCAGAACGAAUACACGGGAUUGUUCAACGACGUUAUAGAGGGGAGGAAUUCCUCGUUCGCUCUGAUGAUCCUGUUGAAUUCCUCUCGGAGCGAGGACAUCGACACUUUAUACGCUUACACCAUGUCCACGGACGUGAUAUACAGUUUCCCCCUGGCGAUGGCCGUUUGGAAAGGAUUCCCGAAAUUGCAACGCAUCAACGCAAAGAUCCACGACUACAUAGAUAUGGGUAUUUUCGACCACAUGAUCAAGUUGGCGAUACAGAAGGGGAGGCUAGCUAUGAUGUUCGAGUUCGUGGAGGAGGAAGAGUACAAGACCAAUCUUCACUUGCAGCACUUCGCACCAGCGUUUCUCAUGAUGAUGAUCGGAUUCUCCGUCGGAUUUCUAUCGAUCAUCGUCGAGAUUGCUCUCUAUCCCUCCGAGCUUCUCUUCUGCACGAAAAGACGGGAGGAGGACAAUUUUUGAAUUUUCAUUACGAUUCGACUCGCCAAGCAAAUUUGUAGCGAAGAUGGAAAAAUUUCGGACGAUAUUCGAAUAUCAUUUUACGAUAAAUUGGCUUUCGCUUUUUCAAUCGCAAACAGAUAUCGAAACGCAGCGUACGAGUGAAUGGACGCGCGAGCAAAUGUAUUGUUAACUUCCUUGCCAAACCUAUCGGACCAACUAAUUCGUGUUAUGGACGUGCACAAUGCUUGUUUUGACGUUCAUUUGUUAAACGUCAUAAAUAUUUCAUUUCAAUAAACGAAAUACGCUUGAAAUACA